AUGGCGGACCAGACCAACAUCUUCACCAAGGAGGCCCCGGCCCCUGUCGGCCCUUACUCCCAGGCCGUCAAGACCCCCCACGCCAUCUACUGCUCCGGCCAGAUCCCCCUCACCCCCGAGGGCACCAUGGUUGAGGGAACCAUCGCCGACAAGACCCGCCAGUGCUGCACGAACCUCGAGGCCGUCCUCAAGGAGGCCGGCUCCUCCAUCCCCAAGGUCGUCAAGUGCAACAUCUUCCUCUCCUCCAUGGACCACUUUGCCGAGAUGAACUCGGUCUACGAGCAGUUCUUCACCCACAAGCCUGCCCGCAGCUGCGUCGCCGUCAAGACUCUCCCCAAGAACGUCGACGUCGAGAUUGAGGCUGUUGCCCUGCCCUAG